CUCCAAUGGCCCCCUUCUACGACAACUACGAGGCGAUCAGUCGACGAUCCACCGUCUUCAGUACAAAAGGCGUGGUCUGUUCCUCCCAGCCCCUUGCUUCAGAAGCAGGAUUGACCAUCCUGCGUGGAGGUGGCAACGCUGCGGAUGCUGCUAUUGCUAUGGCCGCUGCUUUGAACGUCACAGAAGUACUUUAAGAAGCCUCCUCCGCUGUUCUCCGACUCAGCUGACGUUCACGCGUUUGCAGCCCUGCAAUACCGGUAUAGGCGGUGACGUUUUUGCCCUUUUCUACUCUGCCAAAACUCACUCCGUCCAUGCCAUCAACGGCUCGGGUCGGUCGCCCCAAGCUUUAACCCUGAGCAAGGCGAGGGAAAUGGGGAUACAAGGGACUAAAUUCACAGCUGAUUCGGUGCAUGCUGCGACCGUACCCGGGGCUUGUGCUGCUUGGUGUGAUAUCGUGGAGAAGUGGGGAAGUGGUAAGAAGACCCUUUCAGAGGUGUUUGAACCUGCAAUUACUCUGGCUCAGGACGGCUUCGUGGUCCACCCUCAAGCAGCGUAUGAAUGGUCCUCUUUCAAAGAUCUCCUCAGCGAGCAAGCGCAAGGGGGUCUCUGUCCUUUUCUCAUCGAUGGCGAGACUCCAAAAGCUGGAGAAUUCUUUGACAAUCCCGCUCUGGCCGAGACCUUGAGGACUGUAGCGAGGGAAGGCAAGAAGGGGUUCUAUGAGGGCAGGAUUGGAGCUGCUAUCGUUACAUCACUCCAAAGCCGAGGAAGCUUGAUGACUGCUCAAGACCUCGCCUCUCACUCUUCCGACUUUGUUACCCCCAUCUCCUACACAUAUGGCCCCGAGAAGCUUACAAUCCACGAAUGUCCGCCCAACGGACAAGGUCUCGCAGCGCUGAUUGCUAUCGGGAUCGUGGAUGUCUUGAGGGAGGAUGGGAUUGUCAAAAUGGAUGAGUGUGAGGAGGGAAGUGUGGAAUGGUUGCAUACUUUGAUUGAGGCUAUGCGUCUUGCUUUCGCAGACGCCCACCAUUUUGUAGCAGACCCGAACUUUUCCAACGUCCCCGUCGAAACACUCUUGUCCAAGGCAAGUGUUCUUUGCCCACGCAGCACUCCCUUGCCUUCCAGCGAUACUGUCUACUUUACCGCCGCUGAUAACGAAGGCAACGCUAUAUCCAUCAUCAACUCGAACUACCUCGGCUUUGGCACCGGCAUCGUCCCAGACGGGUGGGGGUUCAGUAUCCAAAACCGUGGCAUGGGCUUUUCACUCGAAGAAGGCGUGCCAAACACUUUGGAAGGAGGAAAGAGACCUUACCAUACCAUCAUCCCUGCUAUGGUAACCCAAGGAGACCAAUUAUACAUGUCUUUCGGCGUUAUGGGCGGUGCCAUGCAGCCUCAAGGUCACCUUCAAACAUUCCUGAACGUCGUCCACCAAUCGCACCACGCCCAAGCAGCCCUCGACUCAAAACGAUUCUGCAUCGGCGGCUCGCCUGCACCUUCCUCAUCCUCUGUCCCAUAUUACAAUGACCAUGUCGCCAUCGAGCACGGUAUAUCUCCUUCCGUCAUUGCAAGAUUGCGCGAGAUGGGGCAUGAUGUACGGGACGUGAAAGGCCAGGAACAGAUUGUCUUUGGGAAGGGACAGAUUAUCUUGAGGACGGAGGACAAACGUACAGGGAAGAGGGUCUGGGCUGGAGGGAGUGAUCCGCGAGGGGAUGGGUGUGCUUUGCCCCAGGUCUAG